AUGAAAGUGUUUAUUAUAUUUUUGUUACUGGGUUCUACUGUUGCAACAGAGUUUAUAUCUCCAGAUGAACUAGAAGAACUAUUCUAUAGAGCUGGUAAGAAUGAAGCCUCAGAAAAUGAUAUAAAUACACUCAGAGAUGUGUUUGAAAUAUACAAGCCAGGGUCAAAGGCGUAUGGGCGACUAAACCAAGCUAGUAGCCGAACAAGCAUCAAUUGUAUCGUUUGCCGGAGUGCGUUUUCCGCCUUUUUCACCCUCGUCAAUCAGGGAAUGUCAGAUGACAGGUUAAAUGAGGCUGUGGUAAAUCUUUGCAUAUCCCUUUCAAUCGUUAGUCCCCCGACUUGCAAGGGGGUUGUACCAUUGAACGUGCCAAUUCUAACUCACAUCAUACGAACAACCCCAGAAGCAGCCCCACGCACGUUUUGUGGUUUAAUCUUUCAAACUGUUGGCGACCCUAACAAUUGUCCAUACGAUGAUCCUAGAUUUGAAUGGACAAUCGAUCUGCCCGAGCGAGUCAAUGCACUGCCGCUAAUUAAAAAGUAUAAUGAGAAACCACUAACAGUAGCUCUUAUUACUGACGCUCAUAUCGACCCCUACUAUGAACCUAAUGGGGUAGCCGACUGUAAUGAACCAACAUGCUGUAGAUUAGGUCAAACUCCCCGAACAAAAAACGACAUGGUCUAUGCAAGGACAUUCUUUGAAGAUGGGUCAAUGGAAGAAAAUUAUGAUUUGGAUGCAAUAGAAUUGUCUCAAAGGAACUCAGAGCCAGCCGGUUAUUGGGGUGACUUUAGAAAUUGCGACACUCCUAUUUGGGCGUAUGACGAUGUAAUUGAGAGAGUUGCUUCAAUGCACAAGGAUAUAGACAUUGUGUAUUAUAUGGGAGAUAGCAUCGACCAUCACGUGUGGGAAACGACGUAUGAGAUGAUCAAUGACAUUAAUUUGUACAUUAUUAGUAAAAUGAGGAGAGAAUUUGGUGAUAAUAUACUUAUUUUGCCUUCCAUUGGUAACCAUGAGUCACAACCUACCAACCAAUUCGCACCAAGUUCGGUCAAAGGUGAAAAAUUAAAUACUACAUGGUUAUACGAGUCUCUUGCCAAUAAAUGGGGCUACUAUUUGACUGAAGAAGCGAAGGCGACCGUGCGCGAGCAUGGUGGGUUCUCGAUGCUUGUCCGACCAGGCCUGCGAGUUAUAUCCAUCAACAGUAACAUUGCUUACAGAUAUAAUUGGUGGCUCGUCUACGAUCCAUUGGACACUAAAAGACAUUUAGACUGGCUUGUACAAGAGCUGUACAAAGCAGAAAUAGCCGGCGAAAGUGUUCACAUUCUGUCUCACAUACCGCCGGGCGUCCAUGACUUCACUUACACAUGGACGAGAGAAUAUAACAGGAUUGUUAAUAGAUUCUCGUCGACAAUCAAAGCGGAAUUCAAUGGCCACACGCAUUCCGAUCAGUUCAAGAUCUUCUACAGCUUAGAGGACGGGUCACCUAUCAACAUGGCGUGGGGGGCCGGCAGCGCCACCGCAUACACAUUUUAUAAUCUAAAUUAUAAAAUUGCUACUUUCGACAGCUCGACUUUUGAACCGUUAAACAUUAUCAACUACGCAUAUAAUUUGACUGAAGCGAACCUAACACCAUAUAGACGACCACAUUGGUUCCAACUUUACAAUAUGAAGAGUAAUUAUAGGAUCAAUGACCUUUCAGCAGUCACAAUGGACGCUUUAGUGCACAGAAUGGUUACAGACGACUUAUUUUCCUUAGACCUAUACGCGGCAUUUUAUUCCAAACUCAGCGAUGUAAGAUGGCCGACUUGUGACAGAUAUUGUAAAAUUAAUAAUCUGUGCAAAGCAGUUGUUACAGUUUUGUGGCAACAGGAGAAAUGUGAAGAACUUCGUCGAUUAUAUAGUCAAGCACACUACGCAAUU